GCAGAGCUCGGAACGCUGCCUCAGAUUCUCACUCUUCUAGAGAGGAAUGUCGCAAGGUUGGGGUAGAAAACUCUGAGUUUACGACUGUAGCUCUCGCUUUCCGGCCAAUACUGAGGUGCCUGAAGGCUGGUUGGGGUGGUGAGGCCCGAGGCAGCGGACAGAAGAGACCAGUGAGUUGAAAGAACAGACAUAUUUUAGCUACUGGAAUUUCUGAUCAGCCCUGGUCAGGACAAGAUGGACCCUGUAGUUUUGAGUUACAUGGACAGUCUCCUGCGGCAAUCAGAUGUCUCGCUGUUGGAUCCUCCAAGCUGGCUCAAUGACCAUAUUAUUGGAUUUGCCUUUGAGUACUUUGCCAACAGUCAGUUUCAUGACUGCUCUGACCAUGUCUGCUUCAUCAGUCCCGAAGUUACCCAGUUCAUCAAGUGCACUAGCAACCAAGCAGAGAUUGCCAUGUUCCUUGAACCCCUAGACCUCCCCAACAAGAGAGUUGUAUUUUUAGCCAUCAAUGAUAAUUCCAAUGAGGCAGCUGGGGGAACCCAUUGGAGUUUGUUGGUUUAUGUCCAAGAUAAAAAUAGCUUUCUUCAUUAUGAUUCCCAUAGCAGAAGCAACUCAGUCCAUGCAAAGCAGGUAGCAGAGAAACUGGAGGCUUUCUUAGGCAGAAAAGGAGACAAACUAGCCUUUGUGGAAGCAAGAGCCCCUGCUCAACAAAACAGCUAUGACUGUGGGAUGUAUGUGAUAUGUAACACUGAGGCCUUGUGUCAGAACUUCUUUAGGCAACAGCCAGAAUCACUACUGCAGCUACUCACUCCUACAUACAUCACAAAGAAAAGGGGGGAAUGGAAAGAUCUCAUUGCCAGACUUGCCAAAAAUUAGCUAUCAAAGAAUAUUUGCGGCUGUUGAAGUCUCCUCUUUCUGCCCAUCCCCAUCUAUUGGAUGGCUGUAAUCUCAGUGCCUGAAGGAAGAUGCCUGGUAUCUUAUUUUUCCCUGGAAGAAUGUCAUCUUCUGCAUUACCCUCAUGGAAAGUUUCACUUUAACCCUAACUUGAGAGCAAUAUGCUCUGUGAAAAUGUCUUGAAGUUAUGCAUCAAAACCUUAAAACCAUGCUGUCUGAACAUUUAUUAUUUCCCUUUUUGUCUCCCUUAUUCCUAUUGGCUUAUUCAAAGGAAAAGCAGUGAUCUUUAAAGAAACCAAGUGUAUGUCAUAUCCAGAAGAAUGCAAGAAGAACAUUAUAGAAGAAUCAAAAACUUAUUGCACAGCCCUGCAUAUUUAAAGAGAUCAACUGGCUAGAAGCAGGUCAAGAUCUAACCUAAUUCAAGAUCUAAAUAUUCUAAGAAUCAUUUAUUCAGUUCUGUGAUACCUCUUCCAUUCUCUGUGCAGAGGCUUUCCCAGCUAUCUUUGUAACCUUUGCAGAUAUUUGAUAAAGAUGAUGUUAGCCCAUCUUCCCCCACUCUAUUCCUGGAAUGUUUUAAGAAAGGGGGAAUCUUUAACUUCAUUAAAAUAAAUGGCUGUUGGACCUUUUAGUUUGCUCAGUGAAUGGGUUGACUUGCUACUCUGCAUUGAUAACAGCUUUUCUUCACCUUGUCUGUUAGCCAUGCAACACUCCUUCCUUUUAUAUCCAAAGUUCUGUGGUUUUAAAACUCAUAGCCAAUAACUUCCCAAGGUUGCCUGUUAUUUCUAAUAAAUAUUGCUGCUUUCUAAUAGUCAUAGUUUUUCCUUUCCUCUUUAUCCAUAAUCUGGCAGAAUUGUUUUCAACCAUGGUGAUUUCAGGACUAUUAUCAUAUCUGAAACUUGCAGACUGAAAGUUGGCUUGUUUUUUUUUUUUACAGUUAUAAGGCAGAUAAAGUGAGCUUUCUCAACCCUUUCACUUAAUUCAAAAUGCAAACGAUGUAAUUUUUAAAAUAUGGAACCAAGAAUAAAAAGAAAUGCUAUCCCUCCUAAAUCAUUGAUGUGUUUUUUUCUGAGUUGUUUCAAAUAAUUAACAACCCAAUAUGUUGGGUACACACAUUAAUUCUAUUCCUAAUGAAAACUAGAUUGCAGUGCUUACGAGACUUAAAAACCAAAGAUUAGUUUCAGCUGUGAAAUUUAUUUCACCUCCCUCCCCAACCUAACCUUGCCCCCAGCCCUCAUAGCCCAAAAUAAUCUCACCACUCAGUAACCACAAAGGCAGUAACUCCAUUCUUUUUAGUCAGGGGAGUGGGGGGAAACCACAGUGUAAGUAAUACAGGUUACAUAGCAGGCCCAAGUGAACAUGAGUUGAAACUGAAAGUCUGAGAAAGCUACAGAAAAAGUUUCCAUUUCAAGUCAGUAUGUUUUGGAUAAAAAGACCUAAUGAAGAUGGGAACAGGCAAAAAAAAAAAAGAUUAGGAACUGGCAAUCAGCCAUAGAGGUGAAAUAGGGAGGGAAGGGGAGUAAGAGAAGUGACAUGGAAUGCUGAAGCCAUGAUUGUAGAUAAAGAUAAGAAGAUAAUAUUAUUUUAGUAACUGUUGACUUAGGUAUCUAGUCUAGACUAUGACAAAGGCAAAUGCUCUCUGGGAAAAGUUGUUUCUAUAAUGCAAAGUAUGUCUGUUUAAAUGUCAGAUUGUCUCCCUCUUAUAAGUUAAUACAUAUGAGAGCAAUCUUUCCUGACUCCCUAAAAGUCAUACCAGAAAUAAAUUACAUUUUGAACUAAACUAGUAAAGUCUUAAAAAAAAAAAUCUAAGGUCUCCUUUUCCAAAUGAAUAACGUGAUUGGACUGUGCUACAAGUUAGUCUUCUAUAAAACUUUUGAGUAUGGCAUUUUUAAGUAUUAGCAUUAUAAGUGACAGGAGA